UAUCUAUAUUCAGCUGGAGAUGGCAGUCUUCAGGCGCAUUAUAAGUCAGGUCGUGAGAAAGCAGCAUCUCUGUGUGUCUGCUUAUAAGGCUAAUGAUGGUGUUUACAAACACGCUCGUGACUGCGCACUCUCGCGCGCCGCUCCAUGCGCGCGAUGUGUUCACGAGCAUCCGCGCUGCGCAGUCACUGCGCAGAUCACGCGCUCAGUUACCAGAAUUGUUUUUACUACGGAUUGGAAUAGUAAAAGCACUUUAUUUUUGGUGGGGAUGGAGGUGGACUGUACGCCUGAGGAGCUGUGUAAGUGCUCGUAUGAGGAGCGCUGUGUGGAGCUGGGAGAGGUGAAGGACAUGAGGCUGGAGGCUGAGGCGGUGGUCAAUGAUGUGCUCUUCGCGGUCACAGACAUGCACGUCUCUCACAGUCUCACCAGCGGACUAGAUGUGGCCUAUAUAAACGUGGAAAUCAGAGAGGGAACCCGCUACUGCUUAGAGCUCACCGAGGCAGGGUUAAGGGUGGUGGGCUACAUCUUUGAUCAGGUGGACGAGGGCUUGAACACCCAGUAUCAUGAGACUGUUUACUCACUGCUGGAUUCCCUCAGCCCUGGAUAUAGAGAAGCGUUUGGAAAUGCUCUGCUACAGAGACUGGAGAGGCUCAAACAAAAUGGACAGUGAGGGGUUCAGUAUCGUUCAGAAUAUCUUUGCUUGCUAACGGUUCUAUCAAGUCCUGCGCCGCUCUCAGCUUAAAGCAUCAGUGGUACCUUUAUCAGUUUUUAGCCUAUGAUAUGUUUUAACAGACCGUCUUGGUGUUCAUUUGACAAACUGACUUGCCUGUGAUGUUUUAAAGUAUUUUACUAUAAUUUAGAGAGGUAUCAUUGGAGGCAAUGCUAUAACACAGUGGGCCCAGAUGAAUACUCAGUUUUUUUGUUUUGUUUUUUUAACGUUUAGGCAAGUGGAAUAACCCUCAGAAAUAGCCAUGUGCGGUUUCAAAGACUAUGGGUAAAUGUUUGAACUAAAAUCUUUUAUGUUAACAUACAAGUGAUAUUAUUUUGUAUUAACUGGGUCCUGCAAAAUGAGUUUUAGAGCUCCAUACUGUUCUUCCGUCAGCAUGGUUCUUUAAAGUAUUGUCAUUAAAAACAUAUCAGAUGCCUUACUACUUUCAUUCAAAUGUCUAGUUUAACCUGUCUACAGGAAAGUGGUUGUCUGAAAAAAAUAUCCUGAUACAUUCACUUUCUUCUCUUCGCUUGCUAUUGAUAAUGUAUCAAACUCCAUUUGUGACUGUAAGGAUAUGUCUAUUGCUUCCUUGUUUUCUUUCUUAAUCUGUCAAAAACAGGAGAAAGGACUGAUGAGCCAAAACAUGGUGGUGAUAUCCAUCCACCUCCACCCCUUUCAAAAAAAGCAUUUUUGAAGAAAAUGAAGACAUUUGUCAUGCGGUUUCUUAAAAAAAGGUGCAUUUUAGCACUGAAACCGAAGCUUUAUACUUUUAUUGAUUUGAUUUAUGAGUCGAGCAGAAUCUUUCCCCGCAAUUUCAUUACAGCAUGUUUGUAUGGAGGUCAAUGCUCAGCUUUUUGUUGUAAUGAGAGGGACAUUUCUUGUGGUUUCCUAUAGUUCUAUAUCAUAUCAAAUGAUAUGUAUCGGCAUUUAUAAA